AUGGCCUACUCGAACUACAGCAACUUGAGCAGAGCUCAACUUACCUUUGAAUACCUGCAUACAAACUCAACAACCCAUGAGUUCUUGUUUGGGGCCUUGGCAGAGCUUGUGGACAAUUCCAGGGAUGCCAAUGCCACACGAAUAGACAUUUACACAGAGAAAAGGUCAGAGCUACGGGGCGGCUACAUGCUAUGUUUUCUUGAUGAUGGCAUUGGAAUGGAACCAAGUGAGGCAACCCACGUGAUCCAAUUUGGAAAGUCAAGCAAACGAUCCCCUGACUCCACACAAAUAGGCCAAUACGGAAAUGGACUGAAAUCGGGAUCCAUGCGAAUUGGGAAAGACUUCAUCUUGUUUACAAAGAAGGGCAACAGUCUUACUUGCCUUUUUUUAUCAAGAACUUUCCAUGAAGAAGAAGGUCUCGAUGAGGUAAUCGUGCCUCUCCCGUCCUGGAAUUUGCAAACUAAACAGCCGGUGACGUCUGACCCAGAGAAGUAUGCCGUUGAGACAGAGCUGAUAUUUAAAUACUCACCAUUUAAAACUGAACAAGAGUUGAUGGAGCAGUUCAGCAAAAUAGAAAGUGCAAGCGGUACCCUGGUGAUUAUCUAUAAUCUGAAGUUGAUGGACAACAGAGAACCAGAGUUGGACGUGGAGACAGAUCACCAGGACAUACUAAUGGCUGGAAUGGUUGCUGAAGGAGUGAAACCGGAGAGAAGGUCGUUUAGAGCAUAUGCUGCAGUGUUGUACAUCGACCCCCGCAUGAGGAUUUUUAUCCAGGGACAUAAAGUGAGGACCAAGAGGUUGUCCUGCUGUCUUUAUAAACCUAGGGUUUAUAAGUACUCAUCGACGCGUUUUAAGACACGUGCUGAACAGGAAGUCAAGAAAGCAGAUCACCUUGCAAAGAUUGCGGAGGAGAAAGCCAGAGAGGCAGAAAGCAAGCGUUUAGCCAUGGAGGAAAGACUUGGAGAUGAUUUGUCUAAAGAUUCUCGAACGAUCCUGAGAAAAACCCAGGAUUCCGCCAUGAUGCUGAGACGGGAUGCCGACAUGAAGAAAAUAAUUCUUGAGGCCAAACAGAAAGCGUUAAAGGAGCCCAAGGAACUGAACUUCAUUUUUGGAGUUAACAUUGAACAGAGGGACCUGGAUGGGAUGUUUGUAUACAACUGCUCUCGUCUUAUUAAGAUGUACGAAAAGACAGGUCCGCAGCUGGAUGGAGGCAUGGCCUGUGGGGGUGUUGUCGGUGUGGUGGAUGUCCCAUAUUUAGUUUUGGAGCCUACUCACAACAAGCAAGAUUUUGCAGAUGCUAAAGAGUAUCGGCAUUUGCUUAAGUCCAUGGGGGAACAUCUGGCUCAGUAUUGGAAGGACACUAAUAUUGCUCAGAAAGGCAUCGUGAAGUUCUGGGAUGAGUUUGGAUACUUGUCAGCAAGCUGGUCUGCACCUCCGUCUUCGGAGGCUAGAUAUAAGAGACGUCGUGCCAUGGAGAUUCCACUUACCAUUCAGUGUGAUAAAUGCUUAAAGUGGAGAACACUGCCAUUCCAGAUGGAUGCUGUUGAUAAACGCUAUCCAGACAGUUGGGUGUGUUUGAUGAACCCAGAUGGCACCCAGGAUAGGUGUGACGCUCCUGAGAAGAAACCCAAUUUGCCAUGUGGUAUCCUGAAAAAAGAAAAACAAACAAGUGAAGACAAACAAAAAGAGCUUGAAGAGAAAAUCAAACAGCAGCAGGAUAAACUGGAGGCCUUGCAGAAAACCAACACUGUCAAAUCUGCAGCAGACAUUAAGAAGUUACCACUGGAUGUUAGCAUGAGGCCAGCAGCAGAGAGCCCCUCAAAGGCGAGUCGCUCCUCAGAGAGGUCUGUGACCCGCCCCCGUUCACCGCCGCUGCCAGCUCACCUCAAGAUGCCACAGAGUACUCUUCCACCCCGCGCCGUCACUCAGCGGUCCACGCGGACACCUGCUCCUCCCCCUGCUCCACCUAAGGUUGAACCAUCCCGAGCCAAAGCAACGGCAAAGUCACACGCAGGAAAGCCCACUGCCAAACCUUCCAAACCACCCCCACCAAGCCGCCCUUCAAGGACACUCACCAAAGCAUCAGCUAAACCUGCUGCUGCACUACAACGUAGGAGAAUAAUUGUGCAGGAGGACAGUGAUGAUGAUGAGGAGGAAGACGAAGAAGAAGAGGAGGAGGAAGAGGAAGAAGAAGGAACUGGGGAGAGUGAAGAUGAAGAACCCCAGACAAAGAAGUCAAAGAUGGACACUGCGGCUGGUAACCGGGCUAAAGCGGUGGAGAAAGUCCCACCCGCCAAACGUGGAAAGUUAGACGAGGUUAGCAAACAAUCACAGCCUGCGAAGAAAGGAGUAGCUACUUCCCCACGACAGAGCCCUGUUGCUAAACCCAAGGUGCCAGAGAAGGCGCCAGAAAAGGCGCCCGAGAAAGCACCGGUGAAGGCACUACAGCAAGAACCAGAGAAUGCUUCGAAAGAUAAGGGACUGCUAGUUGAAGUCCGUGUCAAUAAGGAGUGGUUCACAGGAAAAGUCGUUGCUGUGGAAUCAAACAAACAGAGUGUUCGCUGGAAAGUCAAGUUUGACUAUGUGCCCCGAGCCACGCCGAAAGACAGAUGGGUGUUUAAAGGCAGCGAUGAAGUCCGCCUGAUGCGUCCGCCGUCUCCCAUCACCCAGACGCCUGACACCCAGCAGGAGAAUGAGAGGGUUUCUGCAGCCAUGGAGCCAGAUACCACACAACCUGGCACCAGUCGAGAGGUGACAGAGAGCCUGGUCACCAUGUUGAGGACAAUGCUGCGUUACUUCUUCCCGCCUGCUUUUCAGAUUCCUAAGGAUGACGUCAAUGGCAUGACUGCAGAGGAGCUGGUGGCCUUUCCUCUGAAAGAGUAUUUCCAGCAGUACGAAUCAGGUCUGCAGUCACUGUGCAACUCGUACCAGAGCAGAGCAGACGCCAAGGCCAAAGCUGUGGAAGAGAAAAGCAAUAGCACAGAGUUGAAACUGAAGGAAGCAGAUGAGAAACUCCAAAAAUUACGGACCAACAUUGUUGCACUUCUACAAAAAGUUCAAGAGGAUAUUGACAUUAACACCGAUGAUGAACUUGAUGCAUAUAUUGAGGACCUUCUCACUAAAGGAGAUUAA